AAAGAAUGGAGGAAAGGCAAUACAUGACGUCACGUGGAGGCGGGCCCAGGCAUGACGUUGUAUGAGGCAGCCGGGAGCCUGGAUCUGUCAGCGCUACAUAAGGGGAGCUCGUCUGAGCCCUGCAGUGGGGAGAGAGCAGGACUGACCUCUAUGUGAGAAAGAAUCUGCUUAUACCGGGGUAUCGCACAGUCUCCCUGACACAGACGCGCAGGAAUAGGUCACACAGGGAGUCAUGCCAUUGGACAGCUGAUGACGAUGGACUCGCCUCGAUAAUCGUUUGAUACAGCCGCCCGUUCUACAGAGGAUUGUGGGACUGAUCCAGUGAAUGUCUGUCUGGCAGCACAACUGGAAUUCUCCUAAGACUGGAAUUCUCCCUUGCAGUGUGGCACUCCUACUGCACCUGUUCUACUCCACUGGAUCUAUUAUUUUAAGCUAAACCUGUCCUUUGCUAAGGCUCUGAUGCUGGUUCCGGCCCAUAUGAUCCCAGCCGUCCUCGAUUUUGUCUUUUACAUUCCAACCUGAACCCCGUUGUCUGACACCACAGUUCUCAGAGGACCUGCACCAUUUCACGCACAAUGUCUGGAAGCUACACGCCAUCACCAGGCGGCCCUUUCUCUGCACUCACUGCCAGUAUGUGGCCUCAGGACAUGCUUGCCAAAUACACACAGAAAGAGCAGACUGUGGAGCAGCCAGAGUUUCGCUAUGAUGAAUUUGGAUUUCGAGUGGAUAAGGAAGAUGGAGCAGAGCCUAACUCUAGUAAGCUGUUGGGUAUCCCACUAACAGAGGACCCGCAACAAAGGCUGAGGUGGCAGGCUCACCUGGAGUUCACCCAUAACCAUGAUGUGGGAGACCUGACGUGGGAUAAAAUUGAUGUUACACUCCCUCAUUCUGAUAAGCUGCGCUCCCUUGUCUUAGCCGGAAUCCCCCACAGUAUGAGACCGCAGCUUUGGAUGCGGCUCUCGGGUGCCCUGCAGAAGAAACAUAAUUCAGAGAUGACUUAUAAAGAUAUUGUGCGCAACAGUUCCAAUGAUGAUACUCUGGCAGCAAAACAGAUUGAGAAGGAUUUACUGAGGACAAUGCCAAGUAAUGCCUGUUUCUCAAACCUACAAAGUGUGGGUGUGCCUCGUCUGCGGAGGGUUCUGCGUGGUUUGGCAUGGUUAUACCCAGAUAUUGGUUACUGUCAAGGCACUGGAAUGGUGGCUGCAUGCCUGCUGCUCUUUUUAGAGGAAGAAGAUGCAUUCUGGAUGAUGGCUGCCAUUGUAGAAGACCUGGUGCCAGUCUCAUACUUUAACACUACCCUUGUGGGGGUUCAGACAGACCAGAGGGUCCUGAGGCACCUCAUUGUUCAGUAUCUCCCACGGCUUGACAAAUUGUUACAGGAACAUGAUAUUGAGUUGUCUCUCAUCACAUUACACUGGUUCCUCACUGCAUUUGCUAAUGUAGUGCACAUAAAGCUGCUGCUACGGAUCUGGGAUUUCUUCUUUUAUCAGGGCUCUCUGGUCCUAUUUCAGACUACCCUGGGAAUGCUGAAGAUGAAGGAAGAAGAGCUCAUUCAGUCGGAAAACUCUGCUUCCAUUUUUAACACAUUGUCAGACAUUCCCUCCCAGAUAGAGGAAGCAGAUGUGCUCUUGCGAGAGGCCAUGUUGAUCUCAGGAACGCUAACUGAGGUUAUGAUUGAAGCACAGAGACGCAAGCACCUGGCAUACCUCAUUGCAGACCAAGGCCAACUGCUUAACUCAACUGCCGCUGUCACCAACCUUUCUAAAAUUAUGAGGAGGCAAAGCCAGCGGAGAAAGUCUGGCAUCACCACAUUGCUGUUUGGUGAUGAUGACUUUGAGGCUCUGAAGUCCAAGAAUAUCAAGCAAACGGCGCUGGUCGCAGACCUACGGGAGGCAAUACUACAGGUUGCUCGACACUUUCAGUGCACAGACCCAAAGAACUGUAGCAUUGAUCUGACUCCUGACUAUACUAUGGAGAGCCAUCAGCGUGACCAUGAAAAUUAUGUGUCUUGCUCCCGAAGUAGACGCCGCAGAGCUAAGGCCUUGCUGGACUUUGAACGACAUGAUGAUGAUGAGCUUGGCUUUCGAAAGAACGACAUAAUUACGAUCAUUUCCCAAAAGGAUGAACAUUGCUGGGUUGGUGAACUGAAUGGACUCAGAGGCUGGUUUCCAGCAAAGUUUGUCGAGAUUCUUGAUGAGAGGAGCAAAGAGUAUUCAGUUGCUGGGGAUGACUCGGUGACGGAAGGCAUCACAGAUGUGGUUCGAGGGACCCUCUGUCCAAGCAUCAAAUCAAUCUUUGAACAUGGACUGAAAAAGCCGUCUUUAUUGGGAGGUCCGUGUCACCCAUGGCUCUUUAUAGAAGAGGCAGCAAGUCGAGAGGUAGAGAGAGACUUUGACUCAGUUUAUUCUCGUCUAGUCCUGUGUAAGACCUACAGAUUGGAUGAAGAUGGCAAAGUGUUAACCCCAGAGGAACUGCUCUAUCGGGGGGUGCAGUCUGUAAAUGUCAGCCAUGAUGCAGCCCAUGCACAGAUGGAUGUGAAGCUCCGGUCUCUCAUUUGCAUUGGCCUCAAUGAGCAGGUUUUGCACAUGUGGCUUGAAGUGUUGUGUUCCAGCCUGCCAACCGUAGAGAAGUGGUACCAGCCAUGGUCUUUCUUAAGGAGUCCUGGGUGGGUGCAGAUUAAGUGUGAGCUGAGGGUCCUCUCAAAAUUUGCCUUCAGUUUGUCUCCAGACUGGGAGCUGCCAGUGAAACGAGAGGACAAAGAAAAGAAGCCACUGAAGGAAGGAGUACAGGAUAUGUUGGUGAAACAUCACCUUUUCAGCUGGGACAUUGAUGGAUAAUAUCUGGAACUCCAUUUUGCUCCACAGGACACAGAUUUGACCUAUGGAGCCUAAAGAACUUCACUCCAAACUGCACUUUUAUAGUCCUGCUGUACUGCCAAGAACUUGCUCCAUGUUCUCACUCAUACAAACUCCAAGCUGAAUGUAAGGCACCCGGGGAACCCUCCCUCACAACCACAUGAAGACUAAACUAAGGCCCAGGGAAGAAAUCAGUAUUGAGUCUGUGUGAGGAACCAGCGCUUCAGCCAUAUCAUGUGACUGGGGCAUUUCUUGAAAAGAUGGCUGGAUGUCUCCUGAUCACUUUAUCCUGCUGGAAAUGUUAUGCCUGUGUGUGUAUAUAAAUACAUAUCAAGUGUAUAUUUUGUGA